AUGACCAAUGGACAAAAUGAAGAUGAGUUUGGUGAAUGGCUUACCAGUAAUAAAUUGAUCGCAAUAUCAAUUGCUUUUGGAAUAGCAAAUAUUAUGGUUGCAUUAGACAGCAGCAUAUUAGCUACUGCAUUAACCAACAUAUCAUCCGAAUUCAAAGCAGUCAGUGAUAUCGGAUGGUAUGCCAGCGCCUAUCUUUUAGCACAGACAUCAUGCCAACCCGUGUUUGGGAAGAUAUGUACUUGCUUCGAGGUCAAGACAACGUAUCUUACUAGCCUUCUUGUUUUCUGUACUGGCUCGAUUCUUUGUGCUAUAGCUCCUGUCUCUUCAUGCUUGAUUCUUGGGAGAGCAGUGACUGGGCUUGCUGCGACGGGAAUUCUCACGGGAAGCUUGCCGCAAGGAAUGGCAAUCAUGGUUAGCAUUAGUAGCAUUGUAUCAAGGAUAGGUAGCACUGUCGGUGGUGUUCUUACAGAUUCGGUCCUGACCUGGAGAUUUUCCUUCUGGUUGAAUUUACCGCUCGGACUUGUCUGUAGUCUCGUAGUCUAUUACAUCCUAGAUCGCAAGCCUCACCCUGAUCACCAAUUGCCCAUUUCCACGAAGCUAUUGAAGCUAGAUCCUCUUGGGUUUAUUUUGCUACUUUCAAGUAUGACCUGUCUUUUUGUGGCGGUUGAAUUCGGUGGCAUAUCUGUCUCAUGGUCGAAUUCAAAAGCUUGGGGAUCUGUACUAGGAUUUGGACUUCUUGGGAUAUCUUUCAUCAUUCUUCAAGGAUACCAAAAAGAAAAAGCCGUAAUUAGUCUUCAAACGAUGCGACAGCAAACAGUCGCAAUCUGCUACAUGUUCUCAUUCGCAUACGGACUCGCCAUCACGACCCAUACUUGGUUAUUACCAACCUAUCUUAAAGGUGUAAAGUAUUUCUCGGCUUCUAUAUCCGGGCUUCCAGGAUUAUCGCUCUCCAUACCCAUGACGGUUUUUAAUUUGGUAGCUGGCUUCUUAACAACGCGUUGUGGCCAUUACGUUCCAUUUAUGUGGGCAGGAGCAUUAAUAUAUGUAGCUGGGAGUGCGCUUCUAUAUCUGCUCACAACAGAUAGUGGUAUGGGGGUUUACAUCGGCUAUUCAGUUACCGCGGGAAUAGGAUGCGGAAUGGCAUUUCAAGUUACUUUUAUUGCAAAAUAA